UUAGAUGAAGAAAGGGACUUCAGCAGUAACCUCUUCUUUGCUCAAAGUUAUAAGAGAACUGUUGCAUCUAGAGCUGUCCUCACUCACAUCGGUGUGGGACCUUUGUCGGAGAACAUGAAACACCUUAUCCUGCUUGUGUGGGUCUUCCUCACACACGAAGCUCAAAGCCUUCAUAUCAUUGCUGGUGACUUCAGUCAGCUACAAGGUCUUGCAGUUCCUGCAACUGAUACGCUGGAAGAUGUCCCUCCCGCAAAUAUAAACACAUAUGAAAUACGUCACAAGAGAAGUGAAGACGGAGGAGAGGAGGAGGACAAGGAGGAGGAUCUGACCGAUGACCACUUCAUCAUUCAAAGCUACAAAGUGAAGUCCAUCAUUACAUCUCGCUUUGCUGAAACGGUCUUCAGCACAAAGGUUCGCAACAGGGAAGCCACAGCACAGAAUGUGGAAUUCAACCUAAGGAUUCCCAAGGGAGCGUACAUCACCAAUUUCACUAUGACUGUGAACGAUAUAACGUUUGUUGGAUCAGUGAUGGAGAAGAGCUUUGCCAGACGACUGUAUGCAGAUGCAAGGACUCAAGGGAAGGCCGCUGGGAUCAUCAGAACCUACGGCCGUGAAAUGGAACACUUUAAAGCUGACGUCAAUGUGCCAGGUGGAAGUAAAAUCAGUUUCGAGCUCUACUGCCAAGAACUGCUGCAGCGAAGGCUGGGAUUUUACGAGCAGAUUAUUAUACUGCAACCCGGAAACUUGGUGAAACAGUUCCAGGUUGAUGUCUACAUCUUUGAGCCACAGGGGAUCACUUUCCUUGAAGCCCCCCACAGACUCGGAUCGCAGUUUGACGGGCUGAUGCAUAUAACUAAAGGAGAGAACAAGGCUCAUCUCACCUUCAGGCCCACGUUGGACCAGCAGCGGAAAUGUCCGAGCUGCCCCGACACCGCUGUUGACGGCAGCAUCGUCGUGAAGUAUGACGUCAAACGAGUACUGAAUGGAGGAGCCCUUCAGAUUUCCGAUGGCUAUUUCGUACACUUCAUCGCUCCAGACAAUUUGCCGCCCCUCCUGAAGAACAUCAUCUUCGUCAUCGAUGUCAGCGGAUCAAUGUGGGGGAUUAAAAUGAAGCAGACCGUUGAAGCCAUGGCAACCAUACUGGAUGAUCUCGGCCCUCAGGACCACUUCACCAUCAUCGUUUUCAACCACAUAGUGCGCUGUUGGACCGAACACCUGGUCACAGGCACUCCUGCUCAGAUAAAGGAAGCCAAGAAGUACAUCGAGAACAUCCAGCCCAGUGGAGGAACAAACAUCAACGAAGCAAUCCUCUCGGCCAUCCACAUCCUGACGCAAGCGGACAGCCACGGUGUGCUGAACCCCCGAUCUGUGUCGUUCAUCAUCAUGGUGUCCGAUGGAGACCCUACGGUUGGUGAAAUAAAACUGAGCGCCAUUCAGAAGAACGUCAGGACACACAUGCAGAACGAUUUCUCCCUCUUCUGCAUCGGGAUUGGCUUCGAUGUGGACUACGACUUCUUGGAAAGGAUCGCCCUUGAAAACCGUGGGGGAGCUCGACGCAUUCAAGCAAACGUCAAUGCAUCCAGUCAACUGACGGAUUUCUAUGAAGAGGUCGCUACACCUCUGCUGAGGAAGAUCGAGGUGUUAUACGGGGGUGAAAACGUCACGGACGUGACCAAGAAUACCUUCGACAAGUAUUUCAGCGGCUCCGAACUAAUUAUUGCGGGAAGGCUGACAAACAAAGACCCCUCCAUCCUCCAGAGUCUGGUGUCGGCAAGCUCGGCUAACAGCGAGGUGGGGUUUCAGGUGGAGUCCCCCACAGACGAGCUGGACAAAAUCUUGGCCAAGCACCAAUAUGUUCUCCCCUGCUUCACCAAGCAACUUUGGGCUUACCUGACAAUUCGCCAGCUACUCGCUCAGAGGGCAAUGGCUCCAACCGCCAUGCAGAAGAGAAACAUUACCAGCAGAAUCUUAAACCUGGCUCUGGCUCACCACUUUGUCACCCCGGUGACCUCCAUGUUGGUGGAGAGCGAGGAGACGGGACAGAAGCUUCUUGCUGACUCUCCCAGAGACACCAGGGAAGGGUGUUGUGCAGGGCCUCCUUACAUUGGGACAAAAACUCCUCCAAAAACUCCUCCAAAGACUCCUCCGAAGUAUAUUUUUGCGACUCAACCCCCGCAAACAGCAGUUGGUGACACUGAAAUGAAAGUGGUUCAUUCAGUUGACAACGAUCCACAUUUCAUCAUCCACUUGCCCAAAUGUAAACAAGACAUCUGCUUCAACAUUGAUACAGAACCGGGAAAAAUUCUCAACCUGGUCUCAGAUCCCAUCAAAGGCAUUGUGGUCAAUGGUCAAAUUAUCAGUGGAAAGAAAGCCAAAAAUACCAAGUUGAACACCUACUUUGGAACAAUCGGGAUCCGUUUCACCAAUCUGAGUCUAAGCUUUGAUAUUAGCACCGAGAAGAUUCGCUUGAAAGAUGGGAAUCAUAAAACUCUCCUCCAAUGGUCUGAGAACGCUGUUUUAACACAUUCCAGCUAUGUGGUGAGCGUGAGGAAAAACAGUAACGUCACCAUCACCGUGGGUGAGGACGUGGUUUUCCUGAUCCUGCUACAUCGUGUCUGGAAAAACCAUCCAACCAACGUGGAUUUCCUGGGAUUCUACACUCCUCCGACAAAUAUGUUCUCAACAAGUGUCCAUGGACUGAUAGGUCAGUUCGCCCACGAACCGGAAGUACACGUGUACAACAUGCGUCCGGGCUCGGACCCAAAUAAACCGCAGGCCACCAUGGAGGUGAAAGGUCACAAGAUUACAGUGACCAGGGGGUUGCAGAAAGAUUACAGGACGGACGUUGUACGUGGAACCAAUGUCCAGUGCUGGUUUAUCCACAACGGAGGGAAAGGAUUCAUCGAUGGACACUUUAAGGACUAUCUCGUUCCACACCUCUACAGCUUCUUGGAGCGACCGUGAGCGGCUUUAAAGGCACUGCAAAGAACAGAAGAUAUGCAGAAGGGGAGGAAUAUGGGCAGCAAAUGCAAACUAAUUUGUAUAAAUCAGCAUUAUCAAAAAUAGUCAUUGAAUAGUUACAGGGAUGUUGCCUUGAUAUUAAAACCAGUAUUCUCCCUUUGUGAUUCUCCCUUGUAACCCUAUAAUCUCUACAUACAUUUGUACCCAAUAUAGCCAUGUAAAUCACCGUUAGAUUGCAUUUAGGAAUUGUUUAGACAUAGGUCUACAAUAACCUGUGGGCCACUUUGCCAUGCCAUGGAUAGACACCAAAAGCUUGAGUAACUCAGCGACUCUGGCAACAUCUCUGGAGCGAAGGAAUAGGUUGAGACCCUUCUUCAGACUGGAGAUUGGCUGGUGCUGCGGUCAAGGAAGAAACGGAGGGAUUUACAGGAUGGGACGGAAGUGCAGAGUGACUGAACAUUCAAAUGGUCUCGAGCAACAGGUCUUGACCCCAAGACAUCGCCCAUUCCAUCGCUCCAGAGAUGCUGCCUGUCCCGCUGAGUUACUCUAGCAUUUUGUGUCUAUCUUCAGUUUAAACCAACAUCUGCAGUUCCUUCCUGCACACUUAAGGGCAUGUCCCACUUUCACGACUUAAUUCUUUCAUCCCGACCAUUUUGUUUUUACUCGUGGACAUUUUUUAAUGGGCUGGAAAAAACGUCCCGACUUAACUGAUGCCACGAGUACUUAUGGCUAGCACAACGAGCCGCUACGAUAUAUCUACGACCUCCUACGGACUCGUUACUUGUUACAUUCUGCGAGUUUGAAUCAAUAGACAAUAGAUGCAGGAAUAGGCCAUUCGGCCCUUCGAGCCGGCACCGCCAUUCAAUGUGAUCAUGGCUGAUCAUCCCCAAACAGUACCCCGUUCCUGCCUUCUCCCCAGGAGAAAUGGGAAAACUCGUGAAAGUGGGACCGGCCCGUUACCACGCCCUGGAUUGGCUUAACAAAUGUGAAACUGGAAUUCAUUACCAUUCUAGCGUUAAAUUUCCCAAUUGGAUCUGAAAUUUUUUUAAAGUAGAAAUUUAAAGCUGCCGACUCUAAUAGACGGGGUAAAAGUUUUUAAAAAAGAAACAAAUUCACUUUGUGUUUCUUCCUCUUAUCUUCUUACCAAGAAGUUAACGAACUUUAGUCAAAAUGAUUUUAACGCAAACCACUGGUGCUACAAAAAACUAUCUGUUCCAAAAGCUUAAAAUAAAAGCCACAUCCCACAUAAAAGUUAGUGCCUUCAUCUAUUGCUAGAUGCUUAGCCGACUUUUGUAGAUCAGUAAACCUUAAGAUUGUGAGAACAUUUACUAUAUCUGGCAUGACGAAACAACAAACUCUGGUUAAUCUGAUUUUCAAAGUUAUUUGCCUGCCGACUAGCAAGGAAAAUGCAAUGAAUGUUGUUGGGAGUUGCCUGAACUGUACCGGCAGUAGAUAAAAUUGUGUAAUCCCGAAUUAACACAUCAUUGACUUUUGUGAAUUCCAUCAACACCGUUUUUCAAAUGCUUGAUAUUGUGAUUAUUUUUUUUGUAAAACAGCAUAUACAGAUUAAAGACACAAUGUGAGAAGCUG